GUCUUUUCUUUCUUCACAUUAAGUUAUUCAUUCAUUCAUUCAUAACAUAUUGAUUACAACUGACAUCGGUUAUUCAAUAUUCAGUAGAACUAAUGCUUAAAUGAAUGAAGUGGUUAUGAAAAUUAGCACUGUAUUAAAGAGUAUCUAUGUAUUUUAGAAUACACUAUUAGUAGGACUGUUAUUUGGAUAUCUAUGCUUGUGAAAAUUAGCUCUAAUAUAUAUGCAUGUCUUACACUCACCUCAAAGAUUAGUUCAAGAUUUAGAUCGUUUUGGAGUAUGGAAAAUGUCGGAGUGCGAAAAUCGGUGUAUGGAUUGGCUUGUUUUAUGCUUAUUGCCUUGAGAACAGAAGGCUUCUUAGUGGAUAUUACUUAUGUUGAGAGUGCUGUUCCAAAAGGAGCAGUCUGUUUGGAUGGAAGUCCACCGGCGUACCAUAUGGACCGAGGAUCCGGAGCGGGAGUUAAUAAUUGGUUAAUCAAUUUUGAGGGAGGAGGGUGGUGCAAUAAUGUUACAGAUUGCCUUGCCCGUAGGGAUACUAGGUUAGGAUCUUCCACGAAAAUGGAAAAACAAAUUGCUUUUUCAGGGCUUCUGGGUAACCACCAUGUAAGAAAUCGAGACUUCUACAAUUGGAAUCGAGUCAGGGUUAGAUAUUGUGACGGGUCAUCCUAUACUGGGGAUGUUGAAGCAGUGGAUCCGAAAACCAAUCUUCACUUCAGAGGUGCAAGAGUCUUUGUAGCUGUUAUAGAUGAUUUACUUGCCAAAGGGAUGAAGGAUGCAAAAAAUGCUGUUUUGUCUGGAUGUUCGGCGGGAGGAUUGACUACCAUAUUGCAUUGUGACCAAUUCAAAUCUCUCAUCCCAGCAUGUGCUAAAGUAAAAUGUAUUGCAGAUGCAGGUUACUUUAUUAACGCAUUGGAUGUUUCUAAUAAAUCACACAUUGAACAGUACUAUGAUGAUGUUGUUGCAACGCAUGGAUCAGCCAACAGUUUGUCAGUUUCUUGCACGUCUAAGAUGAAGCCAGGUUUGUGUUUCUUCCCUCAAAACAUGGCACAAUAUAUCCAAACGCCCAUCUUCCUAAUCAAUGCAGCUUAUGAUGCCUGGCAGAUACUUUUCAUUUUGACUCCUGAGGUUGCUGAUCCACAUGGGACGUGGCAAAGCUGCAGGCUUAACUUAUCAAAAUGCUCUAGACAUCAGCUUAAAACAAUUCAAGGUUUUAGGAAGGAAUUUGUGAAGGCAUUAAAAGGACUUGGCGCUAAUCGAAUGAGAGGAUACUUCAUUAACUCUUGCUAUGCGCACUGUCAAACUGAAUUCGAUGAGACAUGGUUCAGCACUAAUCAGUCUCCUGUUUCUCCAAUGUUGGAUAACAAGACGAUAGCUGAAGCAGUUGGAGACUGGUAUUAUGAUCGGAGUUCUUUUCGAAAAAUUGAUUGCCCUUACCCUUGCGAUAAGACUUGCAGCAGUAGAGUAUAUUAAUGAGCCAUUCUUUGAAUCUUCCAAAAUGUAUUGGCGCUCCAGGGGCAUUAAAAGUGUUUAUUUACAACGAAUAUGUUUCUCUAUAAUGUACAAUUUGAACUUUGAAUAUCCUUUUGGACUUACUCUUAAAACAAAUAAAUAAUCUCACCACUACUGAAAUUCUAGAGUUUGACCUCUCUUGCAUUGUAAGGUCAAUAUAUACGUAGUGUUCUUGAGAAGCCUAUGAUACAAAGUUAGUUUGCAUUUCGCUUGUAUGUAUUAAUUGUGUCACACAUACCAUUGUUAUUUACAUCACAUGUCUGGUAUACUCCUAAAGAUGAUGACACAUACUCCUAUAUA